ACCAAUGAGCAACAAGUGUUUCAAGCACUCUGAUGUGAUCGAGCCUGUAGAACAACAACAUGAGUAGCUUAGAGAAGAACAGGUCGAAGUUGGUAGCUCUUCUUGCAAAGCCCGGGAGCGGUAACAACUCUUGCGCAGAUUGUCUCGAUACAGAUCCAGACUGGGCAUCUAGCAACUUGGGUGUGUUCCUGUGUACGAAAUGCGCAGGCUUCCACCGGAAUCUGGGCUCACACAUUAGCAAGGUGAAGUCGCUGCGACUGGACAACUGGGAGUCACAUCAGGUGGAGUUCAUGGACGCUAAUGGGAAUAUGGUAGCAAAGGAAAAAUUUGAAAAGAAUGUCCCUCUCUUCUACAGGCAUCCAGGACCAAAUGAUCCAGAUGUCUUACGUGAGCAGUGGAUACGCGCAAAGUACGACCGCAAGGAGUUUACUGGCCCGGAACCUGUACACUACCUGCAAGGAGGCGUCAAGGAGGGAUACCUGUACAAGCGUGGCAAAGACGAUCACCGCUUUCAGCUGCGCAGGUUCUUUCUCAACGAGCAUGACUACACCCUGCGAUACUUCGUAAAGGAGAACAAAGAGCCAAAAGAUGUCAUCCCCAUACAAGAUAUGAAUGCCUGCUUUUGCCCUCUGAAAAUGUCCAACCCAAAUGGAAUGCAAAUUACUUACUUGAAAGAUGGAAAUUCCAGAUGCUUGUACCUUUACAGUGAAGAUGGAAAGGACAUCGUUGACUGGUACAAUGCGAUAAGAGCUGCCAAGAUGACACUAAAUCGAGUGGCUUUUCCAGGAACCAAAGACAAGGUGCUAGCACGCCGUCUUGUCAGAGAUUUCAUCAAGGAGGGUUGGCUGUGGAAGACGGGACCUUCAGGCAAGGAGUCGUAUAAACAGAGAUGGUUCUCAUUAGAUGACCGACGACUGAUGUACUUCAACCAGCCGAUGGAUGCUUAUCCCAUUAAAGACAUAUUCCUAGGAACAGAAGAGGAGGGUUAUAAGGUGAGGGAAGGCCUUCCACCAGGAUUCAGGGAAAAGGAACAAACGUAUGGCUUCACAUUAAAGAUACCAGGAAGAGAGUUCAAGCUUUGCGCAGAUGCACAUGAUGAGCGGCAGUCGUGGAUGAAGGUGCUGAUGCAAGUAUUCCAGCGCCCCCUAUCUCCCCAAGAUAACAGUGCCAGGUUUCGGUGAACACAACUGUGCCUCUAGUAUAUGAGGGCAAGCAUAUCAAGGUUUUCCUUGCUUUGCCAUGUCGAGACAUUGAUCGGUACUUGUCAGUGUGGUAGGUGGUACCAUAGCAUGCAUUCCUGGAUUCAAGUAUUUGUUCUUGACAAGUAAUAAAUUAAGCAGAAAUGAACAUAAGUGCGUAUUAUGUUGCCAAUGCAUGAAUUUUAUCAAUUAUUCAUGAGGUCUUAUUUUAUUUUAUUAUCAUGGGUUUUGAAACUAUGUAGUGAUGCUGUAACUUCUCUUCUGUAUGUUAAAAAAUGUGCAUUUAGAUGAAUAUUGAGCUGCAGCAACAUUGAAUUUUAAAAUUAGAAAUCAAGUUAGGUUCAAACGAAUUUUAAAAUCAAUUGAAGUUUAUAAUUUGUAUAAUAUGUUGUUUUUAUACAGUCUCAUAUAUAACAGAAUACACGAUUUAAAACUGAAAUAAAUUAUACUAUUUUUACUAUCUAGAGAUGUGGUACAAAUAUGGUUUUUAUUACUAUUUAAAUACACACUAAUGUAUUUUUGCAUUUCUAAAAUUGUUUAUAUAUAUGUGUAUUAUAACAGCGAAGAAAGUGUCCUUAGUUAAAUGGCGUUAAAUUUACAGGCAUAAUGUAUUCAGCAGAAGAAGACACUUGAAACCUAUGUGCAAAGUUUCAUUACAUAACGAUUGAGCAAAUUAUAAUCAUAAUUUGAAUUAGUAUGUUAUUUUCUGCAACUUUUCUGUGUAAAAUUUGUCAUGAAAUACCCGUUUCCUUUUGUCUAUCAUCCAACUGGUAGCAUUCUGUGUUCUGCAGCAGCCACGUUUGAAAUUCCACAGUAACUUGUAUCUCUAACGUAACUUCUCUAAACACUUUGCUUCUUGAAGUCUGGAAAAUAUUAAAAAUGAUGGCAGCUAUUGAGUGUGUUUAUCAAUAGAAAUGGUGCUUACCCGCACACUGAAUCUAUA